AUGCUUCCAACUUUCAGUUUUCAUUUUCAAUUUGUCCACCGUCUGCUUUUAACCCUUUCUAUAUAUUUUCUCUUUGUUGUUGACACUUAUAACUCUUCCUCUUUUUCUUUCUCUUUCUCUCUCUUUUUUUUUUUCUUUCUUUCUUUCUUUCUUUCUUUCUUUCUUUCUUUCUUUCUUUCUUUCUUUCUUUCUUUCACUUUUACUAUUUAUCCCUUUCCUUAUCUUUUAUAUUUUUCUCUUUUUAUCUCUCUCUCAUUCACUCUUUCUGUUCCUCCCUUUGUAUCUCUCAAUUUCUAUUUUUCACGCGCCCUCUCUCUGUUUCUCUCAGUGACGCCCUCUCUUUUCUUUCUUUCUUUCUUUCUUUCUUUCUUUCUUUCUUUCUUUCUUUCUUUCUUUCUUUCCCUUUUACUAUAUACGUCUUUCUUUAUCUUUUAUCUUUUUAUCUCUCCUCAUUCAUUCUUUGUCUCUGUUCCUCCGUCUCUCUCAUUUUCGCGCCCCCUUUCUAUCUAUUUCUCUGUGUCACCCACUCUUUUUCUUUCUUUCUUUCUUUCUUUCUUUCUUUCUUUCUUUCUUUUGCUUUUACUAUUUUUUCUUUACCAUUUAUCAUUUUCUUUUUUUAUAAAUUCACUCUUUCUCUCCCUCCCUUUGUCUCGCUUAUUUUUUCUUUUUCGCAUUCCAUUUCUCCCUAUUUCUCUCACUGACACUCUCUCUUUUUCUUUCUUUCUUUCUUUCUUUCUUUCUUUCUCGCAUUCCCCCUCUUCUCUUUUCGAACAUUUAUCCCCCGCUUUUUUUCACACUGAAGUCAUCCUAUCAUGUUUAUGUCGGACCAAACAAAAAGAAUGCAUCUAUCUAUCUAUCUAUCUAUCUAUCUAUCUAUCUAUCUAUCUAUCUAUCUAUCUGUCUGUCUGUCUGCCUGUCUCAGUUCAUUCUCGCUUUUUCUUUAUCUCGAACUUUUGCACUGUCCUGAUCUACCUAUAUCAGUGUGUUCAUCUCUCCUCCUCCCCCUCCCCCUCUCUCUCUAUGCACAUGCACAAAGUCAGAUUAAGAUUAAUCUAUUGA